AUUCAAUAUUUGCGGCUGAGACGAGCGACUUGCAAGAAAGGGAGCAUCACACUGAACAAAAGAAGAAACUGCACUGAUACAGUUGCUGUAAAAUCUGACUGACUGUGAAUGAUAUAAUGUGUCUUCUGUCUUCCUCGUAUUUCCUAUGGUACAAAAAGACUCAAAUACAGUUCCUAUGGAGAAACAUACAUACACUACAAGAGAUUUGCUGUUUUCACAUUUCUUUCAGGCAUAUUUCAGACUCUAUUUCUCUGAUUAAAACAUCUAGUUACAACUUAGGCAUAAUU